CAAUAAUGUGGGCAAAAAUUCUCAAUAGCUGGGACGCAUAUGAAUUAUGAAAAAUGAGGCCUAAAGGCAUGUAUAUAUAUGGGGUAUAUGAUGGGUGAUUGGUACUCCAGCUAAGCUAUCUUCUUUUUCAAAAUGAAGCAGCACUUCAUUGAACUCUCUCUUCUUCUUCUCCUGGCUCUUUCUUCACUUACCUCCGGGACAGAGACUUCUCCUGAUUACUUCUUCAUCAUUUUCCAAUGGCCAGCUGCCACAUGUGACAGCAAAGCAGGUGGUUGUUGCCUCCCCAAGAAAGGGAAGCCUGUCUUGAACGAUUUCAUCAUUUCUGAGUUCCAACCUUUUUAUGCUAAGGAUGGGGUGACACCUACAAAUUGCACUACUAAAUCAAAAUUCGAGCCAUCUAAGAUUGCAGAUUUGGUUCCAAGUUUGGAAAAGAAUUGGCCAUCCCUGAGCUGCCCAAGCAGGGACAGUAAGAAGCUAUGGAAAGAAGAAUGGCUCGAGUAUGGAACCUGUUCUGAAUCUGUUCUAAAUCAGCAUGAUUAUUUCGCCGCCGCCCUUAAAGCCCAAAAGCAAAUUAAUCUCCUCAAAAUUUUUGCCGACGCAGGAAUAAAGCCAAAUGGAACAUACUAUCCGGCGGAGGCGAUAAACAAAGCGGUGAAGAAAGCGGGGUUAAAUGAGGUGGUCGUACAGUGCCGAAAUGACGAGAACGGGGUGAACGCGGUUCUGGACAAGGUGACGGCGUGUGCGACCACAAAGGGAAGCAAGAAACCCUGCCCCGGCAUGUUCUGGAUCUGUGAUAGUACCAAUGGAAACGCCGUCAAGUUCCUUCCACCCUCAACCUCCCUCUAAUUUCAAGGAAGCUUUUUAUUUCUGUGUUUUUUCUUUUGUGUGGGCAAUGCAAACAAGAGGAGUCAAAUAAAAAAGAAGCAUGCCCCAUUCAUGUAUUGUGAAAUGCCCUUCCAAAAUAAAGUUCUGUUUUGACUUUCACAUGUUUGAAUGUCGAAAGAAAGAUCAAUAUCUGGCCUAAAUUAUCUUGUGUUGGUGUUUUUAUUGAUUUUCUUGAGAAACAGUCUCUAUUCUUUUAAAAUGAAUGUGCUAAUUCG